UAUCCUCAGGCCCGAGUCAGGGACAGGGCAAUGGGCAUCUCAGGGAGGGGGAGGUUCGCCUUCUCUUUCCUUCUCUUGCUCCUGCUUCCCCUCCCACCGCAGGGGGUCAGCUGGAUCUGGGGCGAGGGCGAUGCCAGGAAGAAGGCCAUGACCCAUAACGAGCCCUCGACUCCCCGUCCGCUGGGCACCCUACCUAGCCCCUUUGUGGGUAGCGGCCUGGAGGAGGCAGAGGAGGAAGAGAAGGGCCAGACGACUCUGGGACUUUUUCCAGACCCCUCUUCUCCCCCCAACACGCAGGGAGAGAGAGGACAGCACGGACCCCACGGGGUGGCCGGCUUCCCUGGGGAGAUGGGCCUUGGGGGGGUUCUCGGUCCCCCCGACCUUCAGGGCCACCCCAGCCAGCCCUGUCCCUGUCCGGCUCCAGCACCGCAGAGAGCAGCUGCACCUGAAAACCAGUGCUGGCGGGGCCUGGCGGGGCUGGCGGGGCCCCCCGGCCCGCAGGGUUUUCCAGGCUUCCCCGGCUCCCCCGGCCCCCAGGGCUACCCUGGCCACGAAGGAGUGUCAGGGCCUCAGGGGCCCCCGGGCCACACCGGGCACCCGGGGGCCGAUGGGCUCCCCGGUGCCCCCGGGAUGCCAGGCUCUCCAGGGCCCCAGGGCCUUCCAGGGAAUUUGGGGUACACAGAGGGACCGCCUGGACCUCAGGGACCCAAGGGAGAGUGCGGGGCCCCGGGGUCCCCUGGGUCCCCGGGGGUCCCGGGUCGGACAGGGGAGCGGGGGUCUGCCGGCCUGCCCGGCCCCGCGGGUCCGCCCGGACCGAUGGUCAGUGACCGGACCCCCACCCCUUCCCCGCAGCUGCAGAGCUGGGUCUUUUCAUCCCGGGAAGAGAUGGGCAGAGCCGGGCACCUGGUGGGCGAGGGCACCCUGGCCUACGUGAGCGGCGGUGGCGGUGGAGCCUUCAUCCGCACCGACAUUGGAUGGCGCAGGCUUCGGUUAGAGGACCCUGACCCUGCCCUGGCCAGUGAUGACCCUUCAGAGACUCAGCGUAGCAAGGGACUGCCAACCUCCUGGCCCUCGCCCACAGGAAGACCCCAGAGAUUUCCCUCGCUCCGGUUGGUGGCUCUCAAUGCCCCCCUGCCCGGGCACUUGGGUGGGCUGCGAGGAGCCGAUCUUCAGUGCCACAGGCAGGCACAGGAGGCUGGACUGUACGGGACGUUUCGCGCCCUCCUGGCUGCCUCGGGCCAGCGCCUGGCAUCCCUGGUGCACAGGGCGGACCGAGCCCUGCCCAUCGUCAACCUGCGGGGCCAGCGGCUGGCCAGGACCUGGGGCUCACUGUUGGAGGGCAACUCCCGCCAUGCCCAGGGACUCCGGGCACCCAUCUACACCUUCGACGAUCGUGUGGUCCUGGAGGACCCCCUCUGGACCCAGAAGGCAGCCUGGAUCGGACCCAGCCAGAAGGACAGCCCAGGUCCCCAGGGCACCUGCCGAGACUGGAGGACCAGCAGCGGGGCCCAGGGUCUGGCCACCCUCCUGGACGAGGGAGAGUUCCUGCGCGUGGCCUCCUUGGACUGUACUGAGCCCUUGGCCGUCCUGUGCAUCGAGAUCGCCUUCCCUUACAGGGACACGUGGUGACGGACAGAUGGGCCGAGGGGAAGCCCGGAGUCCCGCCCUCGUUGAAAAUCCAGGGCCUGGUCCUGCUCCACUCAAGACAUCCUGGGCAGGAGGGAGCUAGGACGGUAUUCUCCCAAGCACUUAGUACAGAGCUCUGCACAGAGUAAGCGCUCAAUAAAUACCAUUGAUUGAUU